AUGAAUCCUGAGGAUCCUCCUUCGUUGUUCAUUCUGGAUGAGGUUAUUGAGAAAAGUUUGAAUGAAUGGAAAUUUAGUUUGAUUGGUAGACUCGAUCUUGUUAAAUUGAAUAUUAAUGUGGCAGCUACUUCAUUAAAACAACAAUGGGAUAUUAAGGGUUCACUACAAUUCAUCCCUCUGGGUAAAGGUUUCUUCAUCAUCAAACUAGAUAAUGAAGCUGAUAGAAGCCUAAUUUGGAAGGGAUUAUGGAUGGUUGAAUCCCAAAUUUUGAAACUUAGAGCUUGGGAACCUAACUUUAACCCUGAGACACAGAAAACAUCUUCAGCAUUUGUAUGGAUUUCCUUUCCUGGUCUGAGUAUAGAAUACUGGAAGGAAAGAAUCCUUCUCCAGAUGGGAAGUAAACUGGGGAGAGCAAUCAAAGUAGAUGAAGUUACACUAAGGAUAGAAAAUGGUUAUUAUGCUAGUGUUCUAGUAGAAGUUGAUUUUGCAAAACUCAUUCCUAGAAAAGUUGUAGUUGAAUACAAAGCUAAAAGAACUGAAUAUCAGAGGCUGUUGCAUAAAAGCCUAAGCAGCAAUGGAGGAAAAAACAACUUCAGCCAACCAGAGCCUUCUACUUGUUCACAAAUGCCACAUCCUACUUCAACUACACAAAUUCCAUCUGAUGCAAAUUCAAAAGUAGGGGAUGAUUUUACUCAAGUGAAACACUCUAUUUCAGUCUCUCUUCUUCCUGGUGAUUCUUCAACUACUUCAAAGAACUGUGAAGAUUUCAUUCAAGAGAAACAUACCGACUCAUCUUCAACUGCUUCAAGUUCAAAGAAUACUGAGGAUUUUAGUCAGGUCAAGCCUAAAGCUAGCAAAAAACCAAAUGUUACAACAAGGAAUAAGGAUGCAAAUUAG